AUGUCGUCCACAGCCAGCAACUCUGUAGGUGUCAAAGUAGAGCCAAAGUUUUUGAGAGACCCGUCAACACUCGAGUCUAUUUCUUCUGCACUUUACGGUCUUUCGUCGUACGUGGCCCAUAAUCUACCCUCUACUAUUGCCUCACUCAGAAAAGUUGCUGGCGGCGCGUCUGGAGAGCUAAAUAACCAAGCAUUUUUGCAUCAAGACUAUUUACAGCCACAGUUUUCAGGAGAUACAGACUCACAAUCGUUAACUGUGGCUGAUUCAAUCUCUGUGGCAAAGAAAGAGGUCAUUGUAUAUGCAGCUUUCGAUGAAAUUGAGGUUAUUGCGCUGGGCGCUCAAAAUAAUUCUGUAAAACGAUCUGUUUUGCUAUUAGGAUAUCCAGAUGGUUUUCAGAUAUGGGACGUAUCGAGCCCAGAUAAUAUUCAUGAACUAAUUUCAAUUAGAGAUAGUGAAAAUUUUGGAGAAGUCUCUUAUUUAAAAGUAAUACCAAACCCACAAAAAAUACCAAAAGAUUCUCCAUGUGAGAAUUCUCGUCCGUUGGUUGCUUUAAUAUGCAAACCUACUAAAUCAACACAUCAAGAAAAUGAUGAAGAUUCAGACGCGCUUGCUAGACCAAGAAGCGUAUUGAAAUUUUUUUCACUUAAAUCACAUAAUGUAGUAAAGAUGAUGAGUUUUGAGAAUGAGGGAACAGUGACUUGCGUUAAAUGUAAUGAACGGGCAAUAAUUGUGGCUCUUUCGAAUCCUUCACGACUCUAUGUUCUUUCAACUUUGACGCUGGACCACACAUUACCCCCUUUGACUGAUGUUGGAUCACAUCCUAUCACACGUGCCCCUAUUUUUUCACUAGGACCACGGCUGCUGGCAUACGCAACCACGUCGCAGCCUCCAGAACGUGGUGGAAAAAGUGAUGGAGAUUAUUUAUUAGGGGAAGCGGAUGAAAAUAAUGGAGGAACCGGAAAGUACCAAGAGGUUGCUAAAGAUGUCGCAAAAGGAGUCGCAAAAGAAGUUGUGAACGGAGUCAAAUUGUUAGGUGACUAUGGAUAUCAAACUAUUUCAGCCUAUUUCUCGAAUGGUCUCAAUCCUCCAAAUCCUUCAGCUAGCUCAUCUUUUCCCAAAUCUAUGCCAAUAAACAUAAAGAAUGGGUCAAUGAGUCCGAAUUCUCGAAAUUCACAUUCGCCGCAACCUAGUCCAUCAAAUAAUUAUUAUUAUAAUCCAAAGGGUGGCAGUGCCAGUAGUAUUAGCGGCGAUAUUAAUGGAAAUGGGAAUGCUGGGCUAGAAAAUGAAAUUAUUGGAGCAAUAAUGAUUCGUGAUAUUGGAUUCCAAACUCUUCAAAACACAAAACUACCACCGGUUGUUGCACAUUUCCAGCCUCACACACAUCCUGUCGGGCAUCUUUCUUUCAAUCCAUCGGGGACGCUUUUAUUUUCGACAUCUAUCCAAGGACACAAGUUUCACAUAUUUGAGAUUCUUGGUAAACGACGUCGAGGAGGUGGCCAAAAGACCAUAAAACACAUUUAUCGGUUAUCUCGAGGGUUAACAGAUGCUAGUGUGGGUGAAGGAUCUGUUGGCUGGAGUGUAGACUCCAGAUGGUGUGCAGUAGCUAGUGGCCGCGGGACAAUCCAUGUAUUUGCCAUCAAUCCUUAUGGUGGCCCAGCAGAUGUUCCUUCGCAUGUAAAGGGAUGGGUCAUUAAUUCUGAAGAACUGUACACAUCAAGCACUCAAUCACCAGUUGUCAGAAUCAAGCCAAGAAACCCUCUUCCAUUGGAUCCAACUGAUCCCGCAAAUUUCCCUUCGCAAUCAUCAAAUCAGCUACUUCCCAACAUAUUCACAAAUGAUUACUAUUCCAUGCUUCAAUUUGAACAGAAUUCUUCUCCUGCUGCAGCAAGUCCAAUGCGACGUCCAAGCCCAUUACAUCCUAAUGGAUCUUCUACGAGCUCCAGUCAUAAUCAACAACAAAUUCCUUAUAACGGGGCAUUGAUCACCACAAAUAACAAUAUCAUUAAUUGCCCCACAUCAGAUCUGUUGCGUAAACCUCCUGGUAUUUGCCUGAAAUUUUUACCGUCUCUUUCAGUCGAUUCGAAAUCUGUGAACUUUUUUGGCGGCCUACAUGCCAAUUUACAACGUAAUACCAAGCGCCGAUCGUCUCCUUCUACUACAAUUAAUAACAUGAUACAUAAUAAUCCACUAUCUGGUCAGUCGGCAAGACGUGAACGACGAAGAACAAAAUCGUGGACACAAAAUUCUAGUCCCUCCGGAAAAUCAACUUCUCUUAAUUAUCCGAACUUUGAGGACGAAGAAGAAGAAGAUAGAUUCGAUAAUAUAGGCUAUCAGGAUAUUCUAAGCCUUCAUCCAACCGGUAUUUUGACAUUACAUCGAGUUUGGAUGGAAGGGAUAUUGAUUAGAGAUAAUGGGUCACAGAGCAAAGAAGAAGGAAGCAACAAUAUGAUUGGAAUGACUGGAGUACCGCUAACGGGAAGUGCUGCGGCUGUUGCAAAUAUGGGUCGAGUGUUGGUUGGUGGUGCUGCAGGUGUUGUUGGAAUGGGUAUGGAAUUUGCUGGAGUAGGAAGAAAAGAUGCUGUCAGGCCAGGAGAACCGACAUUAGGUUUACUAGUUAAAUAUGAAGAUGUGGUAGAAUGGAAUUUAUUCCGUGGACAAAAUUGGAGUGAGGUUAAGAACGCCAUCGAAUCACCAAAUCCAUCUAAAGAUCAGGAAAUCACGGUGAAAAAGGAUAACAGCAAAAAAUGGUUAGCACAUGCCGAAAUAGCCACUCAUACAACCUCACGGACAUCUCUUCCCCCGCCUUUAUGGCUUUCCCAUCAGUUUAGUUUCCAAACAUAUGGUACCGGCUACCAAGAGUCAAUGAAAAAAGGCGAAGUCCCGCAGGCCAAAAAACUAGAGAUCAAGCGAGGAGUAAUUGUCGAGGAAGAUGGGGGAUGUAGUUUUGUUGGCGAGAAUGGGUGUGUUACGAAUGGAAAUAGGAGUAAUAGGAAAGUUGCGACUGUUGUUGUCGAAGAUGGACGAGUUGUUGGGAGAGGAUUGGAAGAUAUUUCUGCGAAUAUAUCAAAUGCAAUGAAUACAGUUCUCGAAUUAAACUCAGACAAACUGGAAGCCAUUAUACCACUCUCUUUCGAAGACGCAUACCACGUUGUCUCACCAAAUAUCACAACAACUGCUGCUUCAUUACCACCACCAUCAUCAUCCGCAUCUAUGAUUCCCGAUCUGAUAACCCUAAACACGCCACCUUCAUCAGGACCUUCACCCUUGAUGACCGCAACUACAAAUCCUAACGACAUCACCCGCGUAUCCCAGCCACUGACAGACAACAAUCAUACACAUUCCGAUUCCACUGCUUCUUCACCUUUUGAUCCCCAACCAACUUUUUCCCGUUCGAGUUCUUCAGCCUCGAUUAGAACUACGACAUCAACAACUGCAUUUAGUGAAGAUAUGGAAGUUAUCCAAAAAGACUUUUGCAUUGAAGAUGAUGUAGCCGACGAUGCUAGUUUCUUUUUCACUCAUGAUGCCGAAAAUGUCUUGGGAAGUUUGCCUUUAAAGAAAGAAGCAUAUCAACAAACUACUGUCUCAUGUGACGAAUCUGUAAUCGAAAUACUUUUUAACAGGAUAAAAUCUUCAGAUCUAUAA